AUGGAUGGUCUCUUAGGGAAGGGCACCAAUGUGUCUGGGCUUUGGCAGAAAGCCUCCAGACAUAUCACCGAGGACCUGCCCAUGGAGCAGGACAGCGAGGCCUGCUGCUCCACUGAGGAGUCCUUCAUUCCUGACUAUAUGAUGCUGAAGACCGUGGGCCAGGGCAACUUUUCAAAGGUUAAACUGGCCAUCCACAUUCCUACUGUAACGUGUGUGGCUGUAAAAAUUAUUGGAAAUAAGAAGGAGUAUGCCUCAGUUGUUGCUAGUGAAAUCAGCAUCAUGAAAUCUCUCAAACACCCGCACAUUAUCAAAUUGUUUAACGUGUUCCAAUCAAGAGAUACCACCUUCUUAGUGAUGGAGCACGCAUCACAGGGAGAUCUUUGUCAACACAUUAUGCAACAGAGGUGCCUACAUGAGAGCGAGGCACGGAGGCUAUUUACCCAGAUUCUCCUCGCAGUGCAGUACUGCCACAACAACCAGAUUGCCCAUAGGGACAUUAAGGCCGACAACAUACUACUUGACAACACGGGCAAUGCCAAACUUUGCGAUUUUGGCCUUGCAGCAAAAGUACCCCCAGGGUACCUGCUGACAGGUUUCUGUGGCACCCUGCCCUACUGUGCCCCUGAACUUUUUUUUGGUGAAGCCUAUGAUGUUUUUGCCACAGAUAUGUGGAGUUUGGGGGUGCUCCUCUACCUCAUGGUGGUUGGGCGCUUUCCCUUCUUGGCCAGAACUCCUGAAGGUAUGAGGCGUCAGGUCCUUGACUCAAAAUACAGCUUACCUGAGCAUAUUUCCACCGAUAUUUUCAUAGUCAUUGUCCGACUACUGAUGAUCAACCCGGGCAGCAGGCCGACCAUUGACCAAAUCAUGAGGCGCUCUAUGAUCAUGGACACCCUUGCGCGUUUUCCUGCUUCUACACAGAGACUCCCAGGCACCCUGACCCCUGCUAACAUUGACAACACCAUGAAGGUCAUGGGGUAUAAAUCUGAGGAAACCAUUGAUUCGCUGAGAGAACAAAUCGAUAAGCAUGUGAUGGCCCCUUACCUGAUUCGACAACACCAGUCUUCUGUGGGAGAUAGCUGCCAUCAGCAGGUGAAACCCAUGCAGUCAGGCCUUGUCCUCAACCUGGGAGAUCAUCACACCUCCCCUGUGCGCCUAAGGAGAGCUACUGAGCCUGCUCCCCUGGCCUUCAGCUUGUCAUCCAAUCUUCAGGAGACAGAGCAUGAGAACAAUGCCAGGCAGGGUGGCACAAGGCAUAGCAUGCCUGCCACCUUAUGCCGCCAAGCAGAGAGGCCCCAACCUCCACACCUAGUCCUCCCGAACAGGCCCUGUUCUCUUGACCUUAUACGCAGUAGCGUGGUAAUAAGCGAGAGUCCCUCUGAGUCAAAGAUCGGGUCUCAUGUCAGCCUGAAUGACAGUAUCCAUUCACACUCAUCACCUGUCUUAAUGUACAACGAUUCUUGUUGUCCAGACCACAAGGAGACCACAUGUAACACAGGCAGUGUAUCUUCCUGGAGUUACCAAGAGGAACUCUGCAGCUCCAGAGGCAUAGCUCAGAGUGUACCUUCCAGAGGCUCCUCCUCUGAGGAUACAAGGCAGGGAGGCACCAUGGUACCAGAGGAAGACACAAUUCAAGAAGAGAACAGCACACAGGAAGAGGCCAUGACUGAGGAAGGUACCAUCAUACAAGAAACAACCAUAUCCCAGGAAGAGGCCAUCACACCGGAAGUGACAAAUACUCAGGAUGAGACCAUCACAGAAGAAAGGACCACGGUCGAUGGAGGGGCCAUGACUCACACUGAGGCCAUCAUAGAGGAAAAGACCAUAAUGCAGCAUGAGGACAGGCAUCGGAAAGCAACCAACUCCCUGGAAGUGAGGAGGACCCAGGAACCCAAUAUGAUUCAGGGUGACAGCAUCACAGAGGAGGAGGCCAUCACCCAUGUCCAGCCUGCGGUUGCCGGCCAGGCUUCCUCCCCAAACCGGAGGCGCCACAGGUGGAAGGGUUUCAAGAAAACAAUGGUGAACUGGCUCAGCCAUCUUUGUUUAUGCUUGCCACCUGUCUGUCAGAACCUGGCUCCAAAUCAACGGGAUCGUGUAGUCACCCACAGAACAUGGUGGGGGCAGGCCUGCUCCUCCUAUGAAGAGUCCUUCAUGCCUGAUUAUAGGAUGCUGAAGACCCUGGGCCAGGGCAACUUUUCAAAGGUAAAAUUGGCCAUCCAUGUUCCUACUUUAACCCAUGUGGCUAUAAAAAUAAUUAGAAAUGAGAAGGUGUAUGCCUCACUCGUUACUAGUGAAAUCAACAUCAUGAAAACUCUCAAACACCCGCACAUAAUCGAAUUGUUUUACGUGUUCCAAUCAAGAGAUACCACCUUCUUAGUGAUGGAACAUGCAUCAGGGGGAGAUCUUUUUCACUACAUUAUGCAACAGAAGUGCUUAUGUGAGAGCGAGGCACGGAGGCUAUUUGCCCAGAUUCUCCUCGCAGUGCACUACUGCCACAACAACCAGAUUGUCCAUAGGGACAUUAAGGCCGAAAACAUAUUACUUGACAACUUGGGCAAGGCAAAACUGUGCGAUUUUGGCCUUGCAGCAAAAGUGCCCCCAGGGCACAUGAUGCAAGAUUACUGUGGUACCCCGACCUAUUGUGCUCCAGAACUCUUCUUAGGCAAACCCUAUGAUGGUUUUGCCGCUGACAUGUGGAGUUUGGGAGUGCUUCUCUGCUUCAUGGUGGUUGGCUGCCUUCCUUUUGAUGCCAGUACUGAUGAAGGUGUGACUCAUAAGAUCUUUGUCUCCAAGUUCAGAAUACCUCAGCACAUUUCCACCAAUAUUUCCAUAGUCAUUGCCCGACUACUGAUGAUCAACCCGGGCAGCAGGCCGACCAUUGACCAAAUCAUGACGUGCCCCAUGAUCAGGGACACCCUUGCGCGUUUUCCUGCUUCUACACAGAGACUCCCAGGCACCCUGACCCCUGCUAACAUUGACAACACCAUGAAGGUCAUGGGGUAUAAAUCUGAGGAAACCAUUGAUUCGCUGAGAGAACAAAUCGAUAAGCAUGUGAUGGCCCCUUACCUGAUUCGACAACACCAGUCUUCUGUGGGAGAUAGCUGCCAUCAGCAGGUGAAACCCAUGCAGUCAGGCCUUGUCCUCAACCUGGGAGAUCAUCACACCUCCCCUGUGCGCCUAAGGAGAGCUACUGAGCCUGCUCCCCUGGCCUUCAGCUUGUCAUCCAAUCUUCAGGAGACAGUGCAUGAGAACAUUGCCAGGCAGGGUGGCACAAGGCAUAGCAUGCCUGCCACCUUAUGCCGCCAAGCAGAGAGGCCCCAACCUCCACACCUAGUCUUCCCGAACAGGCCCUGUUCUCUUGACCUUACACGCAGUAGCGUGGUAAUGAGCGAGAGUUCCUCUGAGUCAAAGAUCGGGUCUCAUGUCAGCCUGAAUGACAGUAUCCAUUCACACUCAUCACCUGUCUUAAUGUACAACGAUUCUUGUUGUCCAGACCACAAGGAGACCACAUGUAACACAGGCAGUGUAUCUUCCUGGAGUUACCAAGAGGAACUCUGCAGCUCCAGAGGCAUAGCUCAGAGUGUACCUUCCAGAGGCUCCUCCUCUGGGGAUACAAGGCAGGGAGGCACCAUGGUACCAGAGGAAGACACAAUUCAGGAAGAGAACAGCACACAGGAAGAGGCCAUGACUGAGGAAGGUACCAUCAUACAAGAAACAACCAUAUCCCAGGAAGAGGCCAUCACACCGGAAGUGACAAAUACUCAGGAUGAGACCAUCACAGAAGAAAGGACCACGGUCGAUGGAGGGGCCAUGACUCACACUGAGGCCAUCAUAGAGGAAAAGACCAUAAUGCAGCAUGAGGACAGGCAUCGGAAAGCAACCAACUCCCUGGAAGUGAGGAGGACCCAGGAACCCAAUAUGAUUCAGGGUGACAGCAUCACAGAGGAGGAGGCCAUCACCCAUGUCCAGCCUGCGGUUGCCGGCCAGGCUUCCUCCCCAUACCGGAGGCGCCACAGGUGGAAGGGUUUCAAGAAAACAAUGGUGAACUGCCUCAGACACCUGUGCUGCUGCCUGCCACCUGCCAGGAGAAGCCACGACGCCUGUCAGAACCUGGCUCCACAGAAACAGGAUCGUGGAGUCACCCACAGAAUCAGUCCUGAAAAUGUCAAGACCCAGCUCCGUGGCUUGUGAGCCGCGGGUUGGGGAUCGGCCCGGGUGAGGUGUGGACAAUCCCGCAGGAGAGCCAGGCCAGAUGUCCAGGAGGCAGUGUGUCCACAGGCUGCUCCUGCAGAGGAAGAACAGCUGUCCACACCAGCUCAGCACUCACCAGGCCGUCAUUCACUUUGAGAACUGGAUGCCGAACUCAACACCGCUUGCCUCAGCAUGAAGGAAUGAUGGGUGUCCUGAACAUGGAACAUAUGAAAAUUUCAAGAGGGGCCAGCACCUGCUGUAGGCAAUGCCUAGUGCCAGCCGCAGUGUGUUCUCUGCUGCGCGCGGAAGUUGCUAAAUUGAACCCAGGAAGGAAAGGUUCCUGGAAUCUUCAUUUUGCUGGGACAUCAUCUGUGCUUCCCAGCUUAUCCAUAUCUUGUUCCACGAAGUUAAACUUCUAAGACAUGUCCUCUGAGCAACACUAAGCUCACUGGAAAGACAUUUUUAACCGAAUCUGAGAAGGAAGGAGUGUCUUCUUCUACUCUGAGGUUGCACGAGCACCUCAGAACCCUAUAGUUUCCUAACUACCAUCUACAGCCUGGGAAAGGAGAUUCCGCAGGAUCCUGUUCUGGCCUCAGCCACUGGACCAGGCUGAGCUGCUCAGACACCCCUGAGGAGGAUUUCUCAGGGCACUCUGUCACCCCUGGGAGGAAAAUCUGACUUGGCAUUCUGAUAAUAGUAACAAAACUAUAUUGUUCACCUGCCCCCCAUCCACUGGAAUAUGGAGCCCCUGGUUUUCUGUAUGCAGUCCACGCUGCCAAGGACUGGCAGCCUCCUACCACUGGCCAACUGAGUGUUGGGGCUUCAGGGAUUCCAGUAAUUCUCCACCAAGUCUCGUUUAUUUUAUCCUCUGGACAAAACCAGGGUUUCCUGUAUGCUGGGCAAGAGCUGUCCCAACUGAGUCACACCUGUAUCUCAGCCUAUCAGGGGAUUCAGUGUAGCUGAGGAAGAUCUGGAGUUCUGGGUCCCUAUGGAAUUACCGGACUGCACCAUUUACCCUGCAUUUUCUCUUUUACCAUUUCUACAUGACCUAUCUUUCUACUGAGAGUCUUUUGAAGGACUGAAGGAAAGAACUGUGGCCAGACACCACUUUUCUUCUGAAGCUGCCAGGUAUCCUUGAAGCCCUGUUCUGAUCAGCAGCCCUCAGGAUGGGCCAGAAUGGAAGGCAGAAGACUCUCCAGCGCAUGUCCACAGCAGCAGCUGAUGAUAGUAGGAAGAUGGAGCUUCAACCCCACUGCUUGAAGGUUUAGUGCCCUCGCCCCUGGGGUCUCAUUCCCUCCCAUUUGCCCUUUCUAGGCACUUUGUGGAUUUCUCUUAAGACUAGAUGGCAGAGCAAGGGUGAAGGACUAUGCCAAUAAUUCCAGGACUCCAGAGGCUUAGAUUGUAGACUUGCCAUAGACUCAAGGCAAGCCUUGGCAAUAUAAGGAGAAGUAGUCUAGCUUUGGUGGCAGUGUGAGAUCUCUCUCUAAAAACAGAAUGUGACCAGGAGGACUAGGGAUCAGUGUGUCCAGCCUGUAGAGUGAUUCUUGGUCCUGGGUUCUUUCCCAGCACAAAUUACAACCAGGUGGAGCUUCCCUGAUAUUGGGGGUAGAGACAAGCGGAUGAGGCAGUCAAGGUCAUCUUCCAAAGCAGAGAGUUUGAGGCCAGUCUAGGAGGAACGACACUAUGUGCAAUAAGCAAUCCCUACUCCCAAAUCUAAAUGCCCAUAUCUGAGGAAAGAAUGCCAUGGAAGCCCAUCACAACUUCAUAUUCCUGGUGAAUCAGAAUGCCUUUCCCAUGGAGACAUGAAACCAGAGCAUCCAGAGGUGAUUCACAUCUGGAAUUGGCCUGAGCAUUAAGUCAUCGCCUGUGCACUGCACUAAGGAACUGUUCAGGGAGUACUUCCUACUGGUCAUGUGGGAGGAGUGAGGAGGGAGGCAUGGAGGGCAUGGAGACUCCCUCCUGUGCCAAUGAGAAAGGCAGAAUUCAGCUGGCUCUUGAAGCUGUGAGACACUCUGAUGUUUUGCUGCCCCCUUGUGGCGUCUCUAAACCUGUUCCCUGGUAGGGCACCUGAUCUGCUGCAGUCCCUGCUUCAAAUCUGGACAAGAUUAUGGUGGUUAGACAAAAUAGCUUUCAGAGCUGGGCUGUCCAGAUGUCCCUGAACAAAUUUCAUAGACCCACUGCUGCUCCUGGACCUGCACUCCACAAUGGAGAUGACUGGGUUGCGAGUAAAGUCUGUGAAAUCCACACCUGGGUGCUUCAACCUUGCUGGACUUGAGAAAGCCUGUGUCCAAAACACAAGGUGUACAGCAUCUCGGAGUUGACAUUUGAGGGAAUACAUGUGCUACAUACAUAAACGUUGGAGAACACACAUGGAUAUAUACAAGCACACAGAUGCACAAGCACACAACUGUAAACAUAUUACAGCUUGGUACGUUAUUCAAGUAUCACAAGCCAGUGCAGAUGCCCCUGCACCAUGAGAAAGAAGACCACCUCCAUCAGCUCUACUAGCACCCCCAUAUCAUUGAGUUAUGUUUGUUAAGUUUCAAAUAAAUUGUGUUGUUUAAUGA